AUGAUGACAUCCAAAGAAGUGGCCAAAUGUGAUGCAGUGGAGAACAGGAGGCGAAGUCCUCUGGACCACUUGCCUCCUCCUGCCAACUCCAACAAGCCUCUGACCCCAUUCAGCAUCGAGGACAUCCUCAACAAACCUUCUGUGAAACGAAGUUACACCAUUUGUGGAACAGCUCAUCUCAUUUCGUCCUCUGAGAAGCACCGUCCGUCCAGCAUCCCUCUGUCCAGCCGGGCUCUCCUCAACCAAACCUCGCCUCUCUGUGCGUUAGAGGAGCUGGCCAGCAAGACCUUCAAGGGUCUGGAAGUCAGUGUUUUACAGGCUGCAGAAGGCCGGGACGGGAUGACUCUAUUCGGCCAGAGAAACACUCCCAAGAAGCGUCGAAAGUCUCGGACAGCCUUCACCAACCACCAGAUCUACGAGCUGGAGAAGCGGUUCUUGUACCAGAAGUAUCUCUCCCCGGCGGACCGGGACCAGAUCGCUCAGCAGCUGGGCCUGACCAACGCACAGGUCAUCACCUGGUUCCAGAACCGGAGAGCCAAGCUAAAACGAGACCUGGAGGAGAUGAAGGCCGACGUGGAGUCAGCCAAGGCCAUCGGCCAGGUUCCUCUGGAGAAGCUCGCCAAGCUGGCAGACCUGGAGAAAUGCGCCAAUGGCACCCUGGGACACCCGAGGGUCGAUUCCCCUCGCCAGCAGGAUCUCGAUCUGGUCCAGAAACUGUCUCCGUUCUCAGACCACACAACCAGUAAAGAGUGCUCAGAGGACGAGGACGUGGAGAUUGACGUGGACGACUGA